GUACUUUUUCCAUUCGCACCCGGACAGUCAGAACGAAUCCAACAAAAUUUCAGCUCGUUUAACUGCGUAGUGAAAAGCGAAAUUUUCUUUAUUUUUCCUGGUUUUCCCAGCGGAGUAACGGCCACACAAUACCAUCGAUCCAGAAAUGGAAACCAUGCGCAACAGGACUGCCGCGCGUGUGAAAUACACCGCUCCGCCGAAGGAUUCGAAUACGGAUGUCAGGUUCACCGAGGCUGAGAAAAAGACGAUCACCGAGCUGAAGCAGCUCUACUUGGAGACCAUACAGCUGGAUGUUGCCCUGCAGCGCGACAUUUACAACAUGGAGAAAAAGUACGAGGAGAAGCAUAAUGUCAUUUUCGAGAAGCGCAAGAAGAUCCUAGAUGAAUUCAGGAAACAAAAUCAUGGCGACUCGGAGCAGAGUCAUAGUGUUCCCAAUUUUUGGUUGAGGGUGCUCAAGUCUUCGUACACAGAGUUCAUUAGCAAGAAAGAUGAGAAAAUUUUGGAGUGCUUAAGCGACAUUCGCUCCCGUCUCCAUAACGAUCCGGUGGUCAAGUUCGACAUAGAGUUCCACUUCGACCCCAACGAUUACUUCACCAACACCGUGCUGACCAAGACAUACUACCUCAACUGCCUGCCGGAUCCCGAUGAUCCACUGGCCUACGACGGCGCCGAGAUCUUCAAGUGCGAGGGCUGCGAGAUCAACUGGAAGCAGUCCAAGCAGACCAAGGAGAAGGAGGGCCCAGGGGAUCAGCCAUCGUUCUUUGACUUCUUCUCGCCGCCACUGCUGCCGGACGACACCGAGGAUCCCAACUACUGUGAUGUCAAUGCCAUUCUACAAAAUGACUUCGAACUUGGUUUUUACCUGAAGGAGCGCGUGAUCCCCAAGGCGGUGAUCUUCUUCACCGGCGAGAUAGCCGAUUGCCAGAGCUCCAGCGAGUCCGAUUCUGAGUCCGACGACUCGGAGGACGAGUCCGAUGCCGAAGAGGAGCAAUCCUCCAAUGACGCCGACAAGUAACUGGCUUCCGGUUAUCAGUUUUACACUUUCGUUCUCUUUUUUUAGUCUUUAUAUACAUUAUAAUAGCUUUUUAGCGUUGUUACACCGGACACCCAAAACAAAUUAUUGGUCUGUCCUUACAUGCUAGAGAGCUACCAAAUAAGCAUUUCAUUAUACAUAUAAUAUACCAAAAUGAUCGCUCGUUCUUUAAUGCCUAA